AUAUUAUCUUUCAUACAAUGUCAGUUGUACCUCCUAAUCGAUCAUCUACCGGUUGGCCUCGUGGUGUAAAUCAGUUCGGAAACAAAUACAUUAGCCAGCCGGCUAAACCGCUCACCCUGGAGAGAACAAUCAAUUUAUACCCAUUAACGAAUUACACGUUUGGUACUAAAGAACCUCUGUAUGAGAAGGACAGCUCGGUCGCUGCACGCUUUCAGCGGAUGCGAGAUGAGUUUGAGAAAAUCGGGAUGCGGCGGACGGUGGAAGGUGUUCUGAUCGUGCACGAGCACAGGCUUCCUCACGUGCUGCUUCUGCAACUUGGAACAACCUUCUUCAAACUUCCUGGUGGUGAGUUGAACCCUGCAGAAGAUGAAGUGGAGGGGUUAAAGCGACUCAUGACAGAGAUUUUGGGGCGUCAAGAUGGGGUGAAACAGGACUGGGUCAUUGAUGACUGUAUUGGAAACUGGUGGAGACCAAACUUUGAACCACCACAGUAUCCUUACAUUCCAGCACACAUCACUAAACCUAAAGAACAUAAGAAGCUUUUCUUAGUACAGCUGCAGGAGAAAGCAUUGUUUGCUGUGCCAAAGAACUACAAGCUGGUGGCCGCUCCAUUGUUUGAGCUUUAUGAUAAUGCCCCUGGUUAUGGUCCCAUCAUAUCCAGUCUUCCACAGUUGCUGAGCAGAUUUAACUUCAUCUACAAUUAAAAGGCAUGAGGUUGUGUCACGGUCAUGGGCUGUCUCUGUGAGCUCAGUCUGAUGGAAAUCAGAGGGGUGAUGGAUGAAGUGAUGGUGUUUGGGAGAAAAGGAGGUCCAGUCUCCCACUUCCUGGCAUGUUUUCAGUCAUCGCUUUAAAUCACACUAAAUUGUGUGCACAUUUUUUGUUUUCUCCAUAGAUACAUGGCAAGUCUAUUGUGUAAGCAUUUUCAUUCUACAUUUUUAUGUUUAACUAGUUAGUGGAUAUUAGAAAAAAAUGUUUCAGUUUUUUAACCUUGUAUAUUUGACCAUGUUUUUUACAAUAAAUUGUUGUCUGUGA